UGCAUUUUCUGCCAGAAACAUACAAAAUGCAGAAAGUUUGGUGCUAUGAGGAAUAUGGUGGCAAGGAAGUCCUCAAGUUGAGGGACUUCCCGAUUCCCACUCCACUACAAAACCAACUGCUUGUCCAAGUAAGAGCUGCUGCCUUGAAUCCUAUCGAUUACAAGAGGCGCCAACGACCCAUCUUUCCUUCUGACUUUCCUGUUGUUCCUGGCUGUGACAUGGCAGGUGUAGUGGUUGCAAAAGGCAGCCGUGUUACAAAAUUCAACAUAGGCGAUGAGGUCUAUGGCAACAUCCAAGACUUUAACGCAGAGGGAAAAUUAAAGCAGCUUGGGACUCUGGCAGAGUUCACAGUGGUGGAGGAGAGCUUGGUUGCGGAAAAGCCCAAAAACCUUUCAUUUGAGGAAGCUGCCAGCUUGCCUCUCGCGGUUCAGACUGCAAUACAAGGCUUUGAAACUGCAAAUUUCAAAGAAAGGCAAACGAUUUUUAUAGUCGGUGGAGCUGGCGGCGUUGGAAGUUUAGUUGUUCAGCUGGGCAAGCACUUGUAUGGAGCUUCCUAUGUUGUCGCUACAACCAGCACUCCGAAGGUGGAAUUUGUCAAGAACUUGGGAGCUGACAAAGUUAUUGACUAUAGAAAAACUAGUUAUGAAGAAAUUGAGGAGAAAUUUGACUUUCUCUAUGAUACGAUAGGUGACUGUAGGAAUUCUUUUGUGGUGGCUAAAGAUGAUGCAGCUAUCAUUGAUAUAACAUGGCCUCCAUCGCAUCCGAGAGCUGUUUACUCCAGCUUGACAGUUUCUGGGGAAAAUCUGGAGAAGCUCAGGCCCCUUUUAGAAAAUGGGAAGCUCAAGGCUGAGAUUGAUCCGACUGGCCCGUAUAAGUUUGAAGAUGUUAUAGAAGCUUUUCGAUAUUUAGAAACUGGAAGAGCCAGAGGAAAAGUUGUCAUCUUCCCCUUCCCUUCACAGCAGUUCCCCUCAAUUAUUUCAUGCCAGAGCCAGAACAAUCUGUCUUACUCCUGAAAUGGUCCUUCAGGAAAUGUCCAUUGGCUGAGUGGGGUCAUGUGUUUUGUUUGAAAUAAAACCUUUGCUUCUUCCGCUCCAACUAGUCUGAUGACAUAAAUAACGUUACUUUCAAAACCAUGUUUAUAAAUAAAUUACAUUAUUGUCGUUCA